GAAGCAGGACCAAUGUGAGAUCUGAGAAGUUAUCAUGUGACCAUAGACUGGCUCUCAGAACGAGGCUUGGCUCUUAUGGAGAAACAGGAAAGAGAAGCUAAACAAGUGUGAAGUCUAAAAGAAGGUGAAGAGGUUGUGUGCAGCUUUGUAUUACUUGUGUUUUGUAGUGAGAUGGAGUAGCAAGUCACUGGAAAAGCUUUAUAUUCAACUUUCCAAGCUGGAAAUGAAGGCUGUGAUCUAGCGAAGUCUAUAUGACGUAACGGGAUUGGAAAUUACAACCUGUCAUGGUCUCUGUACCUGGCACAGUACAGACAUACAAUGAUCGCUACUACUGGUUCCAGUGGACUUUAUAAAGCACCACUAUCUAAAGGCCUUCUACUCAUCCCUGGUGCUCUUUCUGUUAUACUUGCCCUCCUGUUUCAGCAGCAACAAGCAUUCUUUGUAUAUGAUGUGCAAGCAAUAAAAAGUUUUCAUAUAUGGAGACUUUUCUUUGGAAGAAUUAUAUGUCUGGAUCUGAAGGAUACAUUUUGUAGCAGUUUACUUAUAUAUAAUUUUAGAACAUUAGAGAGACGUUUUGGCACACGGAAAUUUACGUCCUAUUUAUUGGGGACCUGGAUACUCUCAGCAGUUUUUGAUCUCCUUCUCGUUGAAACGGUACAGGUUGUGAGUGGUGUAAAUCUCAGCUCUUUACCAUCAGGAUUUUUAUCUCCGUUGUUUGCACUUUUUGUUCCAUUUUAUUGUUCCAUGCCACGGGUAUCCUUGGCCCACAUAUUUGGAUGGUUUCCAAUCACGAACAAAACAUUAGUGUACAUCGUGGGAUUACAGCUUUUGACCUCAAGCCCGUACAUGCUGGUGGUUGCAGUAAGUGGGCUGAUUUCAGGCUUUUUGUACAAGAAAAAUGUUUUGAGUGUUCAGGAGGUUCUUUACAUCCCUAACAACUUGGCAGAAAUCUUCUCCCAUACUGUAGAGCCAAUAUUCUCAACUGUCGAGCCUGUCAGCGAGGCCAGUAUUGGGAUGGGAGCAACUGUUGACAUACAGAGGCAGCAGAGGAUAGAGCUGCUGGACCAGCAAAUGAUGCUUUCACAAAUCUCCCAGCUGGGAAGACGACGACAAGAGCAGGGAGGAAUGUUUGAUUGGAAUCGCCUAUUUCCAACGUUACGGCAACGACAAGUAGUAAAUCAAGCAGAACCACAGGCACCUCCUCCUCCGGCUCCUGAGGAACAGGUUGCUCAACUGAUGGAGAUGGGAUUCUCCAGAGCUGAUGUCUUAACUGCGCUAAGGGCUUCAAACAAUGAUGUCAACGUGGCUACCAAUUUUUUAUUACAGCGAUGAUAUUCAGGGAAAUUUGCAAUAUUGUUUUCUGCUCGUGUUCUAUCCAAAGAUUCUUUUUAUAUGUAUUACACUUGGAAAAAGUGGUUGUAUUUUUAAACGCUCUGAAAACCUACUACAUGACAUUGUGCAAAGCAGGACAGUUCUUUAAUGAUACUGAAAUAGUAAUGUUUUAACAAGAUUUUUAUGUACGUAUUAUGGCUAAUUGAUUAAAGGAGUAGAGCCUGUUCAAUUUGCAAAGUGAAUUUUCACUCGCCUUUAGUAAAUGUGGUGAAAAUUCUCUAUGCAAAAAAUACCCAGUUAGGCACAAAAUUGGAUGAUAGAAGUGAGCACAGCUUCCCAGUAUUCACUAAGCUCACUGAACAUGUUUUUCUCCUACAGUAAAAUAGCUAAAAUGUGUUGUUUGCAUAAAGAAUGCGUUUUUUGUACAAAGAAAGCCUGAAGUCUUUGUAUUACUGGAAAAUGAAUGAAAAGCUAAGAAAAAUGACUGCUGUUUAAGAUUAGGCUAUGAUAUUGCUGAAGUGCUUGGAUAAGCUCAGUAGGUAUGGUCAAAUGUUAUAAUAAAUACUGUAUUUAUUGGCGUAUAACACUCACUUUUUUACCCUG